AUGACUCUGCCUAGGCUUGGCAACCCGAGACAGAAGGCCUUCUCCCACAAGGUCCGCACAGGGUGCAUGACCUGCCGGCGACGCAGGGUGAAGUGCGAUGAGGCAAAGCCCGCCUGUCUCAACUGCACAAGAGGAAAUCGACACUGCCUCGGGUAUGUGCCUCCGGCGGCCACAGUCUUCACGCUGGACAGUGGCCAGUCUUCCGCAUCGAACCGGUCAUCGUCGAGUCAGUCGCCACAAACCGCCACCUCCGAGGAUGAUUUGUUAGUCUUCAAGCCGCUCGACGCGACUUUCGGCACAGACGAGGAAAGACGGUCUCUCCAGCACUUCCUCUGCCUAACAUCUUCUGUGGUGGCGCAUUACGGGCCUCAGGGAGACUUCUAUACCGUCCUUGUCCCCCAGCUCGCCCGACGGUCUCCUGCAGUCAAGCAUAUGCUUGUUGCGCUCUCCAUGACACACGAGAAGUUCCAUACCGGUGUCGCAACUGCCUCUCCGAACAUGACCUCGCAGGCUGUCUCCCACUACAUUUCGGCCAUAGUAGACAUCAGGAGCAACAACCCCCCUAAGCUUCACGUUGUCAUCGCGUCCCUCGUGGCAUGGGUCAUAGAGCUGUUCCAGAACAACCUUCCGGCCGCCAUCGUGCACCUGCGUGGAACUCUCAAACUUCUUCGGGAGUACCAGCGAUCGAAACCGCCGCCAUCCGAACAAGACGCCUUGCAGAGGGCCAUUCUGCCAACCGCUAGCCUGGCCAAAGGCUUGACGCAAUUGAUGGCUCGCACCGGUCCUUUAAAGGGAGAGAUCGAGCCGGGAUACCAGGGCCAUAUAAGCUAUCCUUGGAGCCGACCCAUGUUUGCGUCUUUUGUCGAAGCGAGGAGUGUCAUUUGCGACUACAUCGAGGAGAUCGCGGAUUCUGAGAACGCUCGCGAUCUUCGAGAUAUUGAGAGACUGGUGGCCUUCUGGUUCCAGAGUGUCCGACGGUGGGACCAAGAAAAUGUUCCCACUCCCACCAUGGCAGCACUCCUCCUGCUCUUCAACCUGACGUUGGCUCUUCUCCCAAGCAGUGAUGUGGCGGGAUUCAGUUACUCCGUCAACCCAAGCACCAUUGACUUCGUGGUUGACAAAGCAGCCACACUGACCAAUAUUCAGCAGAAGCUUGAGAUGCGUAAUGAAGAUCUCAAACAAACGUUGGUUAUUGUUCUCGACUUCGUCGUUCGGUUGUUCCCGGACUCUCUGAGUCAUGGUCGAGCAGUAUUGCUAUUAAGCCAGCUGCAUGGCCAAGGAUGA